AUGGAGGCCCUUCUUCAGCAGUCUCGUUCUAUGUGCCCCUUCCUCAAGCGGACCUCGCCCACCGCGCUCCGCACUCUCGCCACGGCCACUCGCCCGAACACCAGCCCAGGUGGCGGAACCAUGUCCAACCUCCAGGUCCUGGCUCGCCGCUGCCCGGUGAUGAGCAAGGCGCUCGCCGUGCAGAGUUCCCGCAUGGGCGGCACCAAGCGCUUCACCUCGUGCGCGGCCGGAGUCGGUGGCAUCAAGCCGUUCUGUCCCGCUGGGAAGAGGGCGCUGCACACGACUGGUGGUCACCCGGCCAGCCUGACGCCUGGAACCUACGAGAAGAACGAGCGAGUCCAUCCUAAUCUGGCCAACAUUCGCUCGACUCCCGCUGCCACCGAAGCCGCGGUCCGCGGUCCAGCUCCUCGCGCGCCGAUCAAUCCUCGAUUCGAUUAUAAUGCGUUCUACAACGGCGAAUUGGAGAAGAAGCACAAGGACAAGUCGUACCGCUACUUCAAUAACAUCAACCGGCUUGCCAAGGAGUUUCCUCGGGCCCACACGGCCUCCGCCGAGGAGCGCGUGACGGUUUGGUGCUCGAAUGAUUAUCUCGGCAUGGGCCGCAAUCCGGAGGUGUUGAAGUCGAUGCACCAGACGCUCGACACUUACGGGGCCGGCGCUGGUGGCACGCGCAACAUCUCGGGCCAUAACAAGCAUGCUGUGGCGCUGGAGGAUACUCUGGCGAAACUGCAUGGAAAGGAGGCUGCGCUGGUGUUUAGCUCGUGCUUCGUGGCUAAUGAUGCCACACUGGCUACCCUGGGCAGCAAGAUGCCUGACUGUGUGAUCCUGUCGGAUAGUCUGAAUCACGCCUCCAUGAUCCAGGGUAUUCGUCACUCCGGCGCCAAAAAGAUGGUCUUCAAACAUAACGACAUGGAAGACCUCGAGGCUAAGCUGGCUUCUUUGCCGUCGAACCAGCCCAAGAUUAUUGCCUUUGAGUCUGUGUACAGCAUGUGCGGGUCCAUUGCCCCCAUCGAGAAGAUCUGCGAUCUCGCCGACAAGUACGGUGCCAUUACCUUCUUGGACGAAGUGCACGCGGUUGGCAUGUACGGUCCCACCGGGGCCGGAGUGGCCGAGCAUCUUGAUUAUGACGUCUAUGCCUCGCAGCACUCUGCCACGCCCCAGAGCACCAAGGGCACGGUUCAGGAUCGUGUUGAUAUCAUCACUGGCACGUUGGGCAAAGCCUACGGCUGUGUCGGCGGGUAUAUUGCCGGCUCCGCUGCCAUGGUGGACACCGUCCGCUCGCUGGCACCGGGAUUCAUUUUCACGACUUCGCUGCCGCCCGCCACCAUGGCUGGCGCCGACACGGCGAUCCAGUAUCAGGCUGCCCACCCGCGCGAUCGGGUUCUGCAGCAGCUGCACACCCGUGCCGUCAAGACAGCUCUGAAGGAUCUGGAUAUCCCCGUUAUCCCCAACCCGUCGCACAUUGUCCCGCUGCUGGUGGGCGAUGCCGAGCUGGCCAAGCGCGCCUCGGACAAACUGCUAGAGGAGCACGGCAUCUACGUGCAGGCGAUCAACUACCCGACGGUUCCUCGAGGUGAGGAGCGCCUGCGCAUUACCCCGACCCCCGGCCACGUCAAGCCGCUGCGCGACCACCUGGUCCAGGCCGUGCAAGCCGUCUGGAACGACCUAGGCAUCAAGCGCGCCAGCGACUGGAAGAGCCUGGGCGGCUUCGUCGGCGUUGGCGUCGAAGGCGCCGAGGAUGCCAACCGGCCCAUGUGGGAGGAUGAACAGCUUGGUCUGGCGCCGAACGAGCCUCUCGAGGCAGCCGUUGCGCGCGAGUUCAGCGCCGAGACGGCCCGGCUCGCUCCGAAGAUGAAGACUGGCACUCCUCUCGGAGCUAGUGCCAGUCCGGCCAUUGCCUCUACUCCUGCUGUUGGAGUAGCCGCAUAG